AUGAACGAUUUCAGUCCUCCACCACUAAGAGCACCAACAGCCUGUGUUGCCUGCAAUAAAAAGAAGGUCCGCUGUAUCUUCGAUGGAAAUCCCGAUGUAUGUGUGAACUGCCAACGGCAUCAGUGGCCCUGUUCUCGACGAGAGCGCAAGAGAAAACGAGCGCAUAGUAAUGAAGGUGACUCCAUCAAUGAAACCGAAACGGUUAGAAGGAGACGAGUGAACUGGAAUGAACCGAACAGCUUUAGCCCUGUCGGCCCAGCUAGAUCGCCGUGUACAAGUCCUGAGUAUGACCAGGAUCGGAAUCAGUGCGACGCAGGCCAAGGUAGAGAUGGCACUGGAGACAUUAUUACACCAGACUCCAACCCGUACUCGGCUGCUUCGACUCUAAGCUUCAUGGCACGCUCCCGCUACUUUGAUGAUGCAGUAGCUAUCAAUGAAGAGCAGGCCAGAUCAUACCCAGAAGGAGAUGCAGAUGGUCCAACUGAAGAUGACAUCCAGCUGCUCAGACUGCAAGGUGCAUUUGACCUCCCACCACGAGCUAUCCGAGAAGGAUUGAUUAACACAUUCAUGGAACGAUGUUCACCUUGGAUGCCGAUAAUCGAGCGAAGCUGGCUAGAAGAGAGUGGUACUCAGAAGCCCUCAAUUCUACUUCUCCAAUCUAUCUUUGUCGCUGCUAGCCGAGUCACAUCUGCACCGGCUGUGACUGCAUAUGCAUCUUUGCAUCAGUUUUAUCGUCGUGCGAAAGCCUUGUUCUGGUCUGGAUAUGAGAGAAAUCCCGUGACUGUAGUCGCAGCAGUCUGCAUUUUGCAUUGGUAUAAUCCAGAAGGUCCUGAGCAUGUUUCUACCAACACCAGUGGAUUCUGGCGAUAUGUGGGAGUUGGGUUAGCUCAUCAGAUUGGACUGCAUAAGGAGCCAUCGAAUAAUAGAGAUGCUGCUUUGAGGCGCAGGUUAUGGUGGACUCUUUAUGCGAGAGAUUGUUGUAUUUCUGCAGGCCAGGGCCGGCCACUAGCAGUGGAUCUGGAGGACUGUGAGGUGGCACCGCCAUGCCCUGAGGAUUUCCACGAUUCAAGCUCAAAUGCUACUCUGUUCAUCGCAUAUGUUGAGAUCAGUGCCAUUCUGGGCCAUCUCACAGAGUACUGUCGUCGCAAGACCCUCACACGUGAGGCCCGACAGAACCUUGAGAAUCGUUUGUAUCGAUGGACACGGGAGCUUUCACCCUCGCUGCGCUUGUUUUGUAAUCGGAGUACCUCAGAGGAUGCAGCAACGAAAAGAACAUUGGCCCAAUACAACUUCGAAGCCCGCCAGCUUCACAUCCCAUAUUUCACCUGCCUCGCAAUCAUGUGUCGACCCAACCCCGGAGAGUCUGCAUCACCAGGAGUGCUUUUAGCGUCCUCGUUUAUCGCAGGGAUAUUUGAAGACUUUCUUGCUCGAGAUGAGAUUCAAUUCCUAAGCCCGGUAUUCACAUUCCACCUAUUAGCUGCCGGAAUCGGGCUUCUUUCGUGCAAUAACGUACCAUCCCACCGGGAGAAGGCAGCAGUUAGCUUGGAGUCCAUCUACCUGGCCCUUGAGGAGCUCUCAAAGCGCUGGUCAUCAGCUAAAGGCAGCCUAAGAGCAUUGAAGAGCAUUGCUGAAAAGCAGCGGACUACGUCGACCAUAGAGGAAAUGCCGUCCAUCGCCCUCUCCAGAGAACAUCAACCAUUUUUUGAGGGAUUUGGCCCAGAGUUGUCCUGGGCUUGGCCAUAUUUCAUGGACCUUGGACAAGCUGUGGGGAACGAUGGCACCACACAUAGCUUUAUGGCAGCCGGGAUCCCAGAGGUGCUAGGAAAUUGGGCCGAGUCCCGGGCUCCGGAUGCUAUAUCUUCGGAUGAGUACAGGCCACUCACUACUAUCUUGGACCGCAACUCCGUCCUCAGUAUGGGAGAUUUGCCGCAAGAUAUUUCAGGUGACUUCUUUAAUCAAUACCAGGGAAUGGGGGACUGGCUUUUUAAGGAUUUGGAAUGGAAUGGCGAGAUUCCCUAG